AAAAAAAACGUUAUUCUUCGUUUGCGAGGCGUUUCCGUUCAGACAGCAGCAGAGUCGCAAGGAAGCGGAGGCCCCUCUCGUUUCAGCGCCGCGUGCUGCGUGCCACGCGCAGUUCCCGGCCGAGCGCCGGCCGGGCUCCCACUGAGUCAGGCUGCGGCUGCGGGUGUAACUGCGGCGUCACUGGCGGCAUCCGCGGCCACUGUCCGCCUCAGCAAGAGUGGAGCGCCCACGUCAGCAACAGAUUGUCUUCACCCUGUUUUCACCAGGUUACUAGAGGAAUGAGUGUGUAGCCUUUGUGCUCCGGAAACGGCUGCUUGCUCUCAAGUCAGCCAACAGGUAUGAUUUCUAGGCUGUGCUAGAUGUGAGGGAUCUCAUGCUGGAGGUCUCGAGUGGGAAUCAAAAUGUUAUGACAGCUUGGUCCAUGGUGGGGAAACAGAAGAUGGAGAAGCGGUCCUCCAGGGCAGAACUGAGCACGCCAAAGGAGGCCCUGGAUGGCAGCGGGGACUCGGAGGAUGGCACCAGCUCGGAGAGUGAGGCAGAGCAGGUGAGCAGCUCCCGCCACAAGAAGGAGACUUUUAUUUCUGCCAAACCCCACCGGCAGCUCUGUCGCUCGCCAUGUUUGGACCGGCCAAGCUUCUCCCAGAGUAACACACUGCAGGAACUUUGCGCUGAUGACUCUAGGCUCAGCACUGGAAAGCCCAGUGCUGACAAGGGCUACCAGGCAAAGAUGGAUUUUGCUUUGAAGCUUGGAUACUCGGGAGAACAGGUUGAGACGGUGCUGCACAAACUGGGACCUGACGCCCUGAUCAACGACAUCCUGGCAGAGCUGGUGAGAUUGGGGAACAAGGGUGAUGCUGAGACCCAAGCCAGUGGCUGCACCAACAUGACCACCAGCACUAGCAGUGGGACCGGCACGUUGAUACCUCGUAAUCCCUGUCCUAAGGAGAUCACCAGCCCUGAAGUAUCUCUAGAGGAUGAAUCCAUGGACAAUCUGGACAAUCUUAGACCUGUUGUCAUUGAUGGUUCUAAUGUGGCAAUGAGCCAUGGCAACAAAGAAGUGUUCUCUUGCCGAGGCAUUCAGUUGGCAGUAGACUGGUUCCUGGAGAAAGGGCACAAUGACAUCACAGUGUUUGUCCCAGCCUGGCGAAAAGAGCAGUCCCGACCAGAUGCCCCUAUCACAGACCAAGAAAUUUUGAGAAAACUUGAAAAAGAGAAGAUCCUGGUAUUCACGCCGUCAAGGAGAGUGCAGGGCAGGAGGGUGGUCUGCUAUGAUGAUCGGUUCAUAGUAAAACUGGCAUAUGAUUCAGAUGGCAUCAUUGUGUCCAACGAUAACUACAGGGACUUGCAGAAUGAGAAACCAGAGUGGAAGAAGUUCAUUGAGGAACGUCUUCUCAUGUAUUCCUUUGUAAAUGACAAGUUCAUGCCACCAGAUGAUCCUCUUGGCAGACAUGGCCCUAGUCUGGAAAAUUUCCUCAGAAAAAGACCUGUCAUUCCAGAGCACAAAAAGCAGCCAUGUCCAUAUGGGAAGAAAUGCACUUAUGGACAUAAGUGCAAGUACUACCACCCUGAACGAGUAAACCAGCCGCAAAGAUCUGUGGCAGAUGAACUACGCGCGUUUGCCAAGCUGACAGCUGUGAAAACAAUGAGUGAGGGCGCCCUGGCUAAGUGUGGAGCUGGCCUUGCAUCUGCAAAAGCUGAGAGCAGUUCAGAAACCAAGCGCAUUGCUCCGAAGCGCCAGUCGGACCCCAGCAUUCGCUCGGUGGCUUGUGAGCCCGAGGAGAGGCUUUCUGUCACCCGGAAGUCCGAGGCUAGCUCCGUGCCUUCCCUGGUGACAGCGCUCAGUGUUCCAACUAUGCAGGCCACCAAAAGCCACGCAGCUGGCGCCUUGAACACCCGCUCUGCCAGCAGUCCGGUGCCUGGGUCUUCACAGUUCUCUGGCAGCUCCCUGGAGCACAUGUCCAGCAUGCAGUACCCGCCCAUCCUGGUCACCAAUAGCCAUGGCGCCUCUGUCAGCUACAAUGAGCCAUUCACUAAGUACGACUCGGUGAGCGAUCACGGCUACUACUCCAUGAUGAGCGACUUCUCCAGUAUUAGCUUGGGCAGCAUGCAGAACACAGACAGCUUCUACAGCAUGGAGCAUGAGCAUCCCAUGUACCAGAAGAACCACUCCAACUGUGAGUCCUUCUCCUCCUACGGGGAGCCCUACAUAGGUUCUGUGGACAGCAGCAUGGAUGAGAACAUGAAGGGUCACUCGUCAUCCUCACAAAACAGGCUGCAGCCCUUUGCGCAUGGGUUCAGCCAUGAAGCCUUGACCAGGGUCCAAAGCUAUGGUCAGGAGGAGCCGAAGCAGACGCUUCGCAAGCAGUCACACCUGGCCCCACAUUUGCAGCACCCGGUGGUAGGGGCUCGUUCCAGCUGCCCCGGGGACUACCCUGUACCACAGAACAUCCACCCCUCAUCCACCUCCCAGCCCGGACGCUCCCUAGGCAUGACCCGCAUGGACAGCAUCUCCGACUCACGCUUGUACGAGAGCAACCCCACAAGGCAGAGGAGGCCUCCGCUGUGCCGUGAACAGCACGCAAGUUGGGACCCGCUGCCCUGUGGCACGGAAUCCUACGGGCAUCUGUCCUACCCACUGAGCAGCAGCCUGAUGCAGCCAUGCUGUGAGCGUGUGAUGGUGCGUAGUAUGCCUGACAGGAUGGAGCAGAUCUGGCGCUCGCCCUGGGAAGGUGUGUCCGCUGAGCACCAGGAACACCAAGUCAUCCCAGAGCACCAGUACCAGACCUACCGGAACCUCUGCAACAUCUUCCCCUCAUAUGUUGUGCACUCGGUCAUGGAGAAGCACCCCCACCUGACUGACCCCCAAGAACUUGCUGCCGUUAUUGUUUGUCAGUUGAGGUCAGAACGCUAACAGCUCCCAUUGUAUGGGGAUGAGGCCAAUGUAAUGUAGUUCAUUUAAAGAGAAGUUCACCCCUUUCACAUCUGGCCACUUCAUAACAGUUAGCAGGGUGAUUGCUGAUAGCAGGGUCUUGUGCGUUGCCUUUUAAACUUUUUUUUUUUUCAUUGUACAGUGCUGUUCUCUGAAAUUACCUUGAGUUUAACAAGAAAUAAUACACGAUAGUGGUUAAAAUCUUAAAUUUGCAUUUUAAAUGUUAUAGAUAAAAUUUAAAUUUUGUAGUCCUUUUAGUCUGUUACACCGCUUUUAGUUAUAUAUUCUCCUGUGAUGAGAUGACAUUAUUCCUGCAUUUCAAAAUUAAUAUAACAAUAUAGAG